UUCAUUUAGGUUAAUGAAACUUUAGUUCAAAAAAAAAAUAUUCAGUUUCCUAAUUAGGAGAGGUAUCUGAAAACUAGUGACAAUAUGUAUGGGAUAAUACUAGACAGCAUGACUGACUGUAUCAAACAGUUGUAUGGCGAAGAAGUUUGGAAAAGCGUCGUUGGAUCGACUGAUAUAUCAAACACAGUAUUUGUAACUCAUAAGAUUUAUGAUGAACAGCUGAUUCCCAUGAUAGCAAAUGCAGUAGUUGAAAUAACGGGAAAUGAUAUUUGCACGAUCAUGGAACAGGCGGGAAGACAUUUCAUUGAUUAUAUUGAUGAUAUUAGGAAUGACAGGAUUGCAAAGGUUCUUGGAAGAACGUUCAAAGAUUUUUUGAAUGGAUUGGAUUGCAUGCAUGAGUACUACAGACUGACAUUCCCAGAAUUGCAGCCACCCAGCUUCAUCGUUGAACGUGAGGAUGAAAAUGGUCUAGAACUUCACUACCGAUCUAGAAGAACUUUCACUGGCUUUAUGCACUACGUAAAAGGAAUACUCCUAGAAAUUGCAAAAAAUUUCUUCUCGAUGGAAGUUAAAGUCGAAAUCACACAGCAAGGUUUCAGUGGCGAUGUAUUAUGCGCUGUUUACAGACUCGACUUUCGAAAUGAAGAAUACAUUUCCAGACAGGAGAAAAUCCAGAGAAAACGAAAAUUACGGAAAGAAAACAGUCUCAACUUUCCGUCUCAUGUCGUAUUCGAACUGUUUCCUUACCAUAUUGUCUUUGAUGAAAGACUGACCAUCCAGAGUACUGGUCAUGGAUUGGACGAGCUUUACUCUGGAUUGCAGGGGAAAAGAAUAAAUGAAACUUUUUUCAUGACUCGACCCUUGGGUUAUGAUUUGACAUGGGAAAACGUUAUCAUUCAUGGAAACAAUGUAUUUGAACUGACUUCGGUCAAAGCAGCUGGAAGGCGUCGGAAAACCGAUAACUCAUCUGGUUUUCGCCAUCAAAUGGCUACAAAUCAUUUCAUCAAACUACGCGGACAGAUGCUGUAUGUUGAGGAAUGGAACUUUGUCAUUUUCCUGUCUACCCUCAUGUUGGAUGGUCUGAAUACGCUGUACGAAAUGGGGAUCUAUGUGAACGACUUGACAUUCCACGAUUUGAGUAGAGACUUGGUAUUGCAUGGACCUCAACAAACAACUGAAUACAAGUUGGCAUUGGACCUGGAACAAGGAAAGAAAACGAGAUUAGAGGAGAUGAUUGAAACGUUGGGAACCGAAAGACGAAGAACAGAUGACCUUCUAUAUAGCAUGAUACCAAAAAAGAUUGCAACCAGUCUACGACAUGGAAAUACGACUGUUAGUUUAUGCGAGAAAUAUGACGACGUUACUGUUCUUUUCAGCGACAUUGUUAACUUUGCCUGCAUAUCAAAGCAUAUCGCACCUCACGAGAUUAUGAUUAUACUCAACAUGAUGGUCAGCGUCUUUGACAUCUUAUGUGACAAGUUUGAUAUAUACAAAGUGGAAACUAUUGCCGAUGGAUUCAUGGCAGUAUCUGGUGCCCCCACCUACAAUAAAUACCACGCUCGUAAUAUGGCUGACAUGGCGUUUGAGAUGCUGAAAGGAAUAAAAACUGUCAAAGAUCCAAACACUCGUGAUCCUAUUGAAAUACGUAUAGGACUUCACUGUGGUGAUGUAAUUGCGGGACUUGUUGGACACAAAAUUCCACGAUAUUGCUUGUUUGGAAAUACAGUCAACAUAGCAUCUAAAAUGGAAGCUACGGGAGAGGGAAUGAGAAUACAAAUAAGCCAGACUUGCAAAGAUAACUUGGAUCAAUAUGGCGGAAUAUAUAUUGUCGAAGACAAAGGUUAUGUUGAUAUCAAGGGAUGUGGUGACAUUAUGACAUACUGGCUUAAUGGUAAAACAGAAGACGAGAAAUUCGACUAUAUAUCUGACGCAGGAAGAAGAGAGUUUUACGGGGAAGACGAAGGUGAACCAGAUGAUGAAGUGGAAGGAGACGAUGCUGAUUACGAGGAGGAAGAAGAAGAGGGACAAAACGGAGAAGAAGAGGAGGGAAAGGACGAAAAGGCAAAAGAAGAGGAAGAAUUCGAUGAAGAAUCAGAUGCUUCGGCGCCAUCGGCUGAUAUCGAAAAAGAAGAUAACGACACGGAAGUAGAGACACAAACUAUAACGGGUUCACAACAAAGUAAUCCAGCUAAUGGAAAGAAAGGUUCUGAAUCGAACUCAUCCACGGAGGGAAAGUCGAGUAUCGACCGCAGUGAUGAGCCUCGACCUUUUCAAAAGCUGCCACAAUUGCUGAAGCCACCAAAAAGAAAACCGGGACGAGAUUUUGCUUCAAACAGAGUACCUGAAAUACGAAAGCUCUAUCCACAGAAUUCAAGCAUGUUUGGAACUCGUUCUACAUUGGGAGCAAAAAAAUAAAUUAUCGAAGAAAAAUUUUUACUUUUGACAUUGGGAUAAUUUAUGUAAAUAGACGUGGCUGAACAGUAAUCAUUAGUAUACCAAUUAUUGUGUGUAUUUUGUUUAACAAUUUUUCAACGAUGUGUUUAACAUAUUUGUAAAGGGUAUUCCUUCACCUGCUUUUUCCAUUUCUAGAUACCAAUUGUAAAACGUUAUCGUGGAAUGUAUCACACGAGAACAUGGUGUUAUAAAUAAACGUUUAGUUAAAAUCAGGCUUUCGAUGUUAUUUGUCUUUCGUUGAUACAGAAAUUAAUUUUUGACAACAUACCGAUGUUUUAUUUGUCAUAAUUCAUUCCAUGCUAUUCGAUUACUUCAACUUCAUUCUUGGGAUGGAAAUCAGAUGUAACGUUUCUAUACUCUUAGACUUUUGUAUACACGUAUUCGAAAACCAUGAAUAGUAAAGCAGUUUCUUAAGAACUUUUGAUUCAAAGUUCAGCUUCAUAAAUAUUUCAUUUAUUUGGCCAAAUAAAAUACUGAAAAAAAUGAUCCAUCAUUUAAUAAACUAUAUUAUAUAUAAUUAUUUGUAGGUAAAGAACCAUAUUUUAAACAUAUGAAAUAGGUCGGUUGUGAAUAUUGAAUUCCUUAACCUGUCCUCUUUCUUAUUUUCAAGUAUUAAACGUUGUGUGAUGUGAGGUUACAUGUUUUGUUACGCUCAUUUUUUCCAGGGAUUACAAGUAAUUUCGUAAUAAUACAAAAACAUUUAAAGA